GAAACACGGGCCCACUUUUACUAUUAGUUUGGUCAACCCUUCUAAAAUUUUACGCGCCGAAGAAUUUGGACACUGAAACGAUGACUCCACUCUUAAUACAGUAUAAUUCGAGCUUUUAGAAAGCCUCCUUUUCAGAAAUAGUUUCUUUUUUUUCACAGUGGUCAUCUCUAGAGGCCUUUUGUGUUUUUCUUUCAUUUUGUGUGUGUGAUGUGUUAACAUGGUCUCAUUUUGGGACUCGAUAUCGCAGCGAAAGACUUUUACGUCGAUAGCAAAAGAGGAGUCUAAACUCAAAAGAGUCCUGACCACCUAUGACUUGACAGCUUUGAGUAUUGGCAGUACACUCGGAAUCGGUAUUUACGUUCUUCCGGGAGCUGUAGCCAAAAAUGUCGCCGGACCCAGCGUUGUUCUUUCUUUUGUUCUCGCUGCCUUUGCGUGCGUCCUUUCCGGAAUUUGUUAUGCUGAGCUCAGUUCGAGAGUGCCAAAGGCAGGGUCUGCCUAUAUCUAUGCCUAUGUAACGGUUGGCGAACUAAUGGCUUUUAUCAUUGGAUGGGUAGUCAUCAUGGAAUACGUAAUAGGUGCCUCCAGUGUUGCUCGAGGCCUAAGUGUUUAUGUAGACUCUCUGUUUAAUGGGACGAUGGAAGCAACUUUUCGUGAGGUCUACCAGAUCGAAAAUGUACCGUUUCUUUCACCUUAUUUCGACUUUUUUACAUGUGCUGUCUGCAUCAUUUUAGGAAUUGCUCUGAGUGUGGGUCUCAAAGAAUCAGCGCGAAUGAACAAUGUGCUAGUGGUCAUUAAUGUCGCCGUUAUGCUGAUUGUCAUAGGAGUUGGAAGUCUGGAAGCCAACUUCCAUAACUGGGCACUGACUCCCAAAGAGGUGCCCUCCGGUUAUGGGGUCGGAGGUUUCUUUCCGUAUGGUGUCACAGGGGCAAUAGCUGGAGCAGCAACAUGUUUUUACGGAUUUGUCGGUUUUGAUUCCAUCACAACCACAGGUGAGGAGGUAGAAAACCCACAGAGAGCGUUACCUUUAUCAAUCAUUCUUUCCCUGACAAUAAUUUGCGUCUUAUAUUGUGGAGUGGCAAUUGUUUUGACAUUAAUGUGGCCCUACUAUUUACAGGACGUUAAUGCACCCUUACCAUACGUCUUCGGUCAAAUCGGCUGGCCUUGGGUGCAGUGGGUAGUCACAAUUGGAGGCAUAGUUGGGACCUUUGCGAGUUUAAUAGGAUCACUUCUUCCAAUCCCUCGCGUAGUAUAUUCAAUGGCUGAUGACGGCUUACUGUUUAAGUUCUUGGCUACUGUACAUCCAAAAUUUGGAACUCCUUUUACUGCAACUCUAGUUACGUCAGUCAUCGCUGGAGUAUUGGGAGGUAUAUUCAAUCUGAAGCAAUUAGUUGACUUGAUGUCCAUCGGAACUUUGCUUGCAUUUACUUUAGUAGCUGUCUGCGUUCUAAUUCUGAGAUAUCGGGAUGAACCGGAUGAAAAUUGUAUGUUGAUUAAUUCGGAAAUCGGAGAAUCGUCACGACUGACGCAAGUUUGGCUCGGCGAAAAGACCACCGUCAAGAAGAUUUUCAAACAGCUCUGGAAUUGGAACAAACUUACGAUUCCCACCUACUUGUCCAGCGCAAUUGUCACUGUUGAAACCAUUCUUUUCGUCUCAUGCUCCAUCGGACUCGUGUCAUUGGUCAAUUAUAAAGCAUCGCUUGAUGCUUCAAAUUUUGCAGUGUAUACCAUAAUUACUGUUUCCGUUAUGAUUUUUCUUCUUAUUUCAAUAAGUCUUCAGCCUACAUCUUUGAUUUCUCUUCAGUUUAAGGUUCCUUUCGUGCCUAUUUUACCUGCCAUCAGUAUUAUGUUUAAUGUAUAUUUGAUGUUGCUCCUCGACUUGGCCACAUGGAUCAGAUUUGUUUCUUGGCUAUCUGUAGGUUUUGUAAUUUACUUCUGCUAUGGCAUAACUCAUAGCUCAGAGAGAAAAUCUGCAAUCCAGAAUCAGCGGGAGUGUAGUGGUGGAUAUGAUACUUUGAGCCCUAAUAUUUCCAUAGUGAGGGAUCCUAUCCUGUAAUUGUGCUCUAUUAGUGAUUCACCAACAGAAAUAAAGCGAUCAAGUGGUUAAAGGGAAUGGAUAAAUCAAUGAAAGAAGACAAACAUUCAUAUUUUUCAUAGGUACCAAUUGUCAUCGGGGGGGGGGGGGAUGG